AUGAAAAAUUAUGUAAAUAUGGACGGUGAGAUCAGCCAAGUAGAUCCCGAGUAUUUGAUGGGCCAGCUCAAUACUGCGAGACGGGAAAUAUAUAAUUUAAGGCAGCAGAUAAAAAGUCUAAAGUACGUUUUUGAAAAAGAUGUUGAUAAUAUUAAGAGACUUAUUGGACUGCAAGCAUCUGCAGGAAUUGUUGAAGUCGCUGAGCCGGCUGUGGAAGCUUCAACGUCGCAGUCCACCAGCUUAAAUUUAGAGCCUAUUGGUAUUAUUAACACUGGAUUUCCCAGCAAGCGCGGGACUCCAAGGCAACCUGGAAUUGGCAAAGAGUCGAGGGGCAAAAUAACUUUGUUUAAUACUGUAUUUACUAAUCCUGAACAUGCACUCAAUGGACUUGAAGAUUUUUCCCACAUGUGUAUCGAAGGGAAUACUAUUUUAUUCGAAGGUGUAGACACCGUCGACGGCACUCCAGUGUUGGACAUAAAGCCUUACAUUCCCCAGUACGACGACCCUCUGCACGUCGAGCAAGAAAUUAGGCGAGAAAAUCUUGACGACCGGCUGGGUCUCUACGACCCAGCAUUUAAUGGUGACAUCGAAGGAUGCUUAGCCGACGAAGAGGGCCAAGACGUGUCUAGAGACGAGGAAUUAGCAAUGAGACUGCAAGCCGAGGAGUUCCAGGGUAUAAGUAAUGAUUUAAACUUACCACAAAGAUACUCUAGAUCCUUCUGUCCAAACCCGUUGACUGACAAUGCAAGCAACGUGGAGGCAAAUAGCAGAGAAUCUUCCGAAAAUCCCAUGCCAGGACCUUCUGGACUAGGGUUGGAAAAUCAGACCCAAGAAGAGUCUGAAGACGCGAGGAAUUCCCGGCUACUGGACGGCGCUGAUGGACCCAGCAUCGUUUGUGUGACUGACAUGGAUUUGAUAAACCGACGGGCGUUGAACCCGCGUCUGGACAAUUCUCCAGUCAGGAUGGGAGUCAGAGAGGCACCUGAUGGAGAAGAAGGAUUUGAAUCGCAGCCUCUGAGAUCGUCUUUAACUGUAGGAAAUAUUCAGAGCAUUCCUGCGGCUGGUACUUUCCAAAGCUUUCCCACGAGGUCCAGCGCAGACACUCAAACUCAAUCAGACAAUCAAUUUCAAGUCAGAGUUCCUGAUUGGAUCUCUCAACCACUAUCACCCUCGCUGUCGGUAGUUUUUAAUGAACGCGCUGUGAGACAGUUGGUAGAGAUAGCCAAGGACAAAGCUGAGGAGCAAAAACGCGCUAUUGUAAAUGUACUUCGUGAAGAUCCUCGAUCUGUUUACUUACGCCAGCGUUGGGCUAAUCAAUUUUAUACAUUUUUAAUUAAUGAGUUACAUAUUAGUUGUAGAUUCGACGAUACUAGACGUAUCGUUACUGUCUUUCAGGUACGACACGCUGGACGUACAUGCGAAUGCGGUUUUUCAAGGGUACUAUCAAAGGAUUUUGAAGAAGGUCGUUGUAAACCAUUCCGUGACAGACAACUAGCUUGCAGUCGUCAGAUCCAGAUGCGAAUAGUGGGUACCGUUUGUGGAAGGAGACACUUCGGACUCCUGUUCCGUGGAGUCGCAAUGUUUGAUAGGGCUUCGUGCUGA